AAGUCGCCGCCGAAUCCGCUCAAGCUUCAGCGCGCUGAGGCCCCGCGCCAUCCGAUGGAUGCGGGGCUCUGCGCGGCCUUGCCGGCGGCGGGGCCUGGCGUGCUACGAGAGCUGGCGCGCUGGGCCGUGGCGGAGGCGUCCUGGCUGGCGCUCGCGGGGAGCCAGGGCUGUCCGCCCUGCCCCGAUUGCCGGCCUGCGCCUUGCCCGCCGUGCCCAAGCUGCCCGCCCUCCCCGCUUUGCCCGGCGUGGGACUGCCUAGCGGCGGGCCCGCCCUGGGCCGUGUCGGCUGGCUCGGAGGCGACUGCGGCCGGGGCCGAGGUGCCAUGGCGGUGGCUGCUGGCGGUGGUGCUCGCGUUCGCUGCUGGUCGCUGGAGCGUGGCAGGAGGGGCACCGCCCACGUCGCAGGCGGCUCGGGACCAUGUCGACCUACGAGGAGAGGCGACCAGGGUCCAGGUUGCUGGUGCGGUUCGCCGGCGACGAGUGGACGCAUGAGAGGAUCCUCCUGCGGCCGGUGCAUCGCGAUCGCCGCAACGAGUGCCGCGUGAUCGAGACGGUUGACAGGCGGUGGCGCAUCUCGUUGAUGCACGGCUGGCCCGAGGGGUUCGCGUGCGACGCGGCGCGCUUCCGCGCCGAGGUGGGCCGCGAGGGGUUGCGCCAGAUGGUGCUGGAGGGCCGCGACUUGGCGCGGGAGGAGCGCCGUCGACGCCGUUUCCCGCCCGACCUGGGCGCCCACCUCGGCGAGGAGCCGACGACGAUGGUGGACUGGCACGGCGACGAGUGCGGGCUGGAGGCCGGCGCGCUGGGGGCGGCUCGCCGCAGGCUGCGGGGGGCGACCCUUGCGGGAUGGCGGCCACGUGCCAGAGGCGCCUGGCGAUGAGGAGGCGCCCCGCCCCGCCCUGGGCGAUGCCGCGCCGCCUGAGGAUGCUGAAAGCGUGCUGCUGGUGGCGGAGCUUCACGCCGGCGGGGGACUGGCCCUUGGCGACGAGAUGGCCGCGCGUCGGACCGACGUGUCGGUGGGGGCGAAGGUGAUCGGCCGCCGCGCGGAUGGUGGAGGCCGAGCGGGUCGCGCUCUCGGAGGCCGCAGCCUGGCGCGCGCAGGCGUUCGAGAAUGCUCGAGGCGUGGUCCCGCCAACAGCGCCUCCUGAUGGGCUCCCGCCCCCGGUUGAGGAUCGGCCCCGCGACCUUCGAGAGGCUCAGCGGGCCCCAGCUGAGGAGGUUGGCGGCCCGAGCACACCCCGCGAGGGCCGCGUCGAGGAACCCACCGAGGACGUCAGGACGCUGGCCGUAGAGUGGAACGAGCAGGGCGUCCGCUUCAAGGAGCGGCGGCGAGCGGCCGGCGAGAGCAGUGCGGAGGCGCUGGGCGGUUGCGAGCUGCGCGGAGCAGGCGCGGCUGUGCACCUGAGUCAGAGUUUCACGCAAAAUGGCAGUGAUCCUAAAAAAUUGAUGUCAAACUUCUGCCGGGAGUAUGGCGUCAGUCAGCGGGGCCGCACCUGGCACGAGUUGAACUGCUUGGUGACGAUCUUCUGGCUGGCGGGGGCCUUCGACGCAGUGGACCUCGGAGGCCUGGCCUGCCUGGAGGCGGCGGCGCGUCGGAUUGCCCAGAUCACCGAGGCCCAUCGCGUGGCUCCUGGGCAGCCUGCGGCUUGGGAGGCGGGCCGCUUCCUGACGGGCACCAGUGACCCCUUCGAUGUGGUGUCGCCUGAGCUGCGGAACUUCGCGAAGCAGCUCGGGGCGAGGCCGAGCGCCUUACCGCGCUGGGCCGGGGCCGGGCGCUGGCGGCUGGCGGGCGCGGGCCGAGGCCGUUUUGGACGCUCUGACACCUCGCGACCGGCGCCGUCCAAGUUCAUGGGCGGGGGCAGGGGG